AUGUUGUUGGCAGUAUGGGCGGCAGCGGCCAUAGGGAUGGCAAGCACGGCUUCUGGCGACGUGCACUACCCGCGCUAUGGCUGUGGCAAGGGCUUUAAAGAUCUCCCGUUUUGCAAUAGCAGGUUGCCCAUCGCGGAUCGUGUCGACGACUUGGUGCAGCGGUUACAGUUGGAGGAGAAGCCCCUCCUGAUGGUUGCCCGGUUGGCACCGCUUGGCAACAUUUCCCGGCUUGGCAUUCCACAAUAUGACUGGGGAGCCAACUGCAUCCAUGGUGUUCAAUCUCGCUGUGGUAGAGGCUCAGAUGGCACGGUUCGAUGCCCCACCUCUUUUGCAGCUCCGAACCUCUUAGGUGCAACUUUCAAUGAGUCGGCAUGGUGGACAAUGGGUCACAUCAUUGGCGUGGAGCUGCGCAGCCUUUGGAAGCAAGGCAAAGGAGAGAACCAUCCACCCACGCAGCUUCCACCUUUAGGCUUGGACUGUUGGAGCCCAAACAUCAACAUAGUCCGUGAUCCACGUUGGGGGCGGAACAUGGAGACGACGUCGGAGGAUCCUUUCAUCCUGAGCCGCUUCGGGAUACAGGUGACGAAGGGCUUGCAGGAAGGCAAGGAGGACAAAGGGCGGCUACAAGCCAUUGUCACGCUCAAGCACUUCGCAGCGAAUGAGCUUGAAGGCACAUGGAGGGGACCAGGCGGUCCCGCUCAGUACCCUGGCACAGGGAUGUGCCCUGGCCGUAAGUGUACAAGACACACAAUCAACGUAAAUAUAUCUUCGUAUGAUCUGGCCUCAUCCUACCUGGCAUCUUUCCGGAGCACUGUAGUGGAAGGAGGUGCGCUUGGGGUAAUGUGUUCUUACAAUGCAAUCAACGGCUAUCCGAGUUGCGCCAACAAAUGGCUUCUGAAUGAGAAGCUGCGCAAAGACUGGGGCUUCAAAGGCUAUGUCACGGGAGACUCUGGAGCUGUGGCCGACAUUUACGAUCAGCAUUGGUUCGCUCCGUCAAUAGAAGAUGCAGUUGCCAAGGCUGUGGAGGCCGGUACAGAUGUCCAAUCUUCUGGGUGGCCCUCAGGGCACCCCUGGGCGACCACGAACGCGGAGUACCUGAAAUACAUCCCAGACUUGGUCCGACAGGGAAAGCUGUCUGAAGAGGCCGUGGACGAAGCUCUGAGGCACACUUUGACCCUCAGAUUCCGCCUCGGCCUCUUCGAUGAUCCUGCUGGCCAACCAUAUGAGCACUUCUCUCCCGACAUUGUGCGCAGCAGUGAGCAUCUGGCUGCCGCGCUUGACUCGACGGAGCAGGGUCUGGUGCUACUCAAGAACGAGAAGGGCACCUUGCCAAUCCCUGAAAGUCGAAAGAUCGCCGUCAUCGGUCCCCACGCCGCCUCCCGAGGGGAGCUCCUCGGAAACUACCUGGGUCAGAUUUGCCCGGGCGAGAAGCCGAGCUUCGGUUGUGUGGAGACCAUUUUCGAAGCUCUCGCCAACUUGACGCAGGAUGUGACCACAGCCCCAGGAUUGCCCGGCAUCAGCAGCGAAGUUGACCCGAAGAUCCUUGCCGAAGCAGUAGCUACGGCGAAGGCUGCCGAGUACAUCGUACUGGCUUUAGGCCUGGACACUGCCUCCAUCGAGAAAGAGGGACAGGAUCGCCACACGGUGAUUCUGCCGCCUGGGCAGCUGACCCUGCUCGAUGCCAUGAUCGCCCUGAAAAGGCCGCUGACGGUGGUGCUGGUGAACGGCGGCAUGGUGGCGAUGAGAGAAGUCAAGGAGAAGGCCAACGCUAUCGUGGAAGCCUGGUACCCGGGUUUUUUUGGCGCCCGGGCCAUCGCCCGUGCAGUGCUGGGACACAGCAACCGCUGGGGGAAGCUGCCUGUGACUUUCUAUGAUGAAGACUUUACAGAGCAAUUCGACAUGCUCAGCUUUGACAUGACCAAAUCUCCUGGGCGGACGUACCGAUACUUUACAGGACAACCGCUUUGGCCAUUCGGAUACGGCCUGUCCUACACCACCUUUGCUUUGCAGAUCCUCGGCACAAGUUCGAUCAAGGUCUCGCAGGCAGGAGGUUCUGCAAAGGUCGAUGUCCGCCUUCUGAACACUGGGGAGAGAGCCGGCGACGAAGUGGUAAUGGCUUUCUUCUCUCCAGUGGAAGGGACCCUUCCUGCAGGAUGCGCCGCCACACUUCUGCGCAGGCAACUCUUUGCUUUCCAGCGGGUUGCCCUCCAGCCUCAGACAAGUGCGACCUUGGGAUUCACGCUGACAGCCGCGAGUUUCCAGGUCUUUACAGAUGCCGGUGAUGGUGUCAGCUAUGCUGGCAAGUACACUGUACUGCUCAGCACAGGAAGUGUGGACGUGAGCAUGGACGUCGAAGUGGAGGGAAAUCAGCAGCAGCCAGUGGUUUUACAGCCUUGGCAAGCUAUCAGGACAACUUGCGCGAUUGGCGAUCCAGGUAGACGUCUACUUUUCAUGUGCGUUCCAUUGACAGGUGGGAUUCUGACAGCAGCUGCUGUCAUCACAGUGACACCGAUCUUUGGACUUGAAGAUGUUCUUGUCGAGUUCAAGACAGACGAAAUCUGGAAAUGGCAUGUGGAGGGCUCCCCGAUCGUAAAGCUGGGAAGCUGCGAGUCCUUCUGCACGGCCAUGGCAUGGAUGCCCAGUGGCAAAGGCUCAGAGAACACCUUUGCACUGGGAUGUGCCGAUGGAACCUUCAGACUGGUCAGCGAGACCGGCCGAGAGGAGAAGAAGGUUGAUGCUCACCGAGGAGCAGUCAUCUCGCUGCGGUGGAGCUUUGACGGAUCUGCCAUCGCAACAGCUGGUGAAGACGGCAUUGUCAAGGUUUGGUCCAGGAGUGGAAUGCUGCGGUCAGCCCUGGCGCAACAGUCGCAUGCCAUCUACUCGGUGGUCUGGUCUCCGGAUUGUGAGCACAUUCUCUUCGCGUGCAGUUCAAAGAUCCACCUCAAAUCCAUUCAGGCUGGCCAGAAACAGGUCGAGUGGAAGGCCCACGAUGGUGUCGUCAUGAUGCUGGACUGGUCUUUUGUCAACAACACUAUCCUCUCUGCCGGUGAAGACUGCCGGUACAAGAUUUGGGACUGUUACGGUCGGCUUCUCUUCAACUCUGCUCCUCUUGACCAUGUGGUCACUGCCAUUGCGUGGUCCCCUACAGGCAAGCAUUUUGCUGUGGGGAGCUUCAACACCUUGAAGCUUUGCGACCGUACUGGAUGGUCCUACUGUCGUGAGACUCCGGAUGUGGGCUCCAUUUUCUCCAUCUCCUGGUGCAAUGACGGAACACAACUUGCAUGCGGCACCGGGAGUGGGCAUGUAGUCUUCGGAAGCCUCGUCGAAAGAAGCUGCACGUGGCAGAACAUGGACGUAAACUUGGAUGAAAACAACAUGAUUACGGUGGUGGACAUUCUCAAUGAGACAAAGGAGGAAUUGGACUUCCGUGAUCGUGUGACCGACAUGUCGUUGGCAUAUGGAGCUUUGGUUGUGAAUACCAACAGCCAAUGCUUCAUAUACCAGUCGACAAACUGGAACACGCCUCACGUGGAGGACUUGAAAGAGCCACCAACACUCAUUGUCCAGUGCCCACACCACUUCGCUCUGGUCGAUGCCAAUGGAAUUCAGAUCAUCAACUACGAAGGCCGACAGUUGUCUACCAUAAAGAUGAGUGGCCUUCGCUAUGAGUUUUUGAACCACCAGACAUUGAGCAUUUGCCGAGAUGCAGUUGCCCUAGUAGAUCCUGCCCAACCGAAACAGAUACGUGUGUUCGAUGUUUUCACGGGCCGUGCCAUGGGGAACCCUAUCCAGCACAAGCUCGACAUCGUGCGCAUCUCGCUUAAUCAGCAGGGGUCAGGCAGCGAUCGAAAAAUCGCAAUCCUGGACAAGAACAAGGAUUUGUAUCUCACCAAGGCCAUGCAAGCAGACAAGACUGAGAAGCUUGGGGCCAUGGUGGACACCUUUAUGUGGAAUGACAGUACUGACAUGCUUAUUGCCCUGAUCGACGAAAAGCUAGUUAUUUUCAUCUAUCCGGCUGUAUGCUUUGUUGACAAGGACUUGCUUCCGAAGACGCUGCAGUCAAAGACCUGCGCGGAUGCCGGCAAGUAUGCACAGAUUGUCGCGUUCUAUGGCUCCAACUGCACCAUCAGAAAGGCAGAUGGCUCGGACUUGGCCAUGGUUACCACCCCCUAUCCUCAGCUGCUUUACACGCACUUUGAGAAGGGUCAGUGGGAGCAGGCGGUGCGGCUGUGUCGAUACGUGAAGUCGCCGGAGCUCUGGGCCUCGCUGGCAGCCAUGGCGAUACAUCAGCGUGCACUAGACACCGUCGAGAUUGCUCUAGCUGCAAUAGAAGAGGUCGACAAGGUGCAGUUUGUUGCUCACAUCAACAAGCUGCCAGAUGACGUCCUCAAGUCUGCAGAGCUGGCCUUGUUCUGCAAACGACCGGAUGAGGCACUUAACAUCUUGCUGCAAAAUCGGCGCAUCUAUCGCGCCAUCAAGAUGAACAUUCGCCUCCACAGAUGGAACGAUGCACUGGAGCUGGCGUUAAAGCACCAGACGCACGUGGACACUGUCCUCGCUUACAGACAGCAGCAUCUUCAGCAAAUGAAGCAUGUUGAGACAAACGAUCAGUUCAAGCAAUGGGCAACUCAAGUCGAAGUAGACUGGGAGACGGUCAAGCGAAAGAUCGCCGUUGAAAAGGACCAAGAGAUCAGAGCUGCAAAUGGCGAAGUUGCCCCAGGCUGA